UCAAUAGCUAUAUUAAUUGAUGAAAUGCUUUUUGUGACAUCAGUAAAUAAUGGAUGUGUUUCAAUUUUAGUAUUAUUUGAUGCAGUGAUCUAAUACAAAAAUGACACGAUAUUUUUCUUAUCCACUGCUAAGAAUAUCACUACCAUUUUGCUGACAAAUUGUAGCCUCCACAUUUCAAACUCAUGGUGACAUCUAGUGGCUAUUCACAUUUACAGCUUGUGCAUUCAUUCUUGCUUGUCCACAUUAGGGUGGGGGUGAUAGGGUGGCCCUAUCCCAAAUGACCUUUAGAGAGAGAAGCGGGGUACACCGUUGUAUUGUGCAUCCAUCCUCGUGUAGGGUCACGGGAGAGCUGGAGCCUAUCCCAGCUAGACCCCGGACUGGUCACCAAUCAAUCGUCGAUAAAGCUACUCAAAUGUGGUACGAUAACAUCCGUCUUUGGGUAGGCACUACAUACGGGAUAUCCGGUAGACGGUAUAGAUUUCCACUGCCGACCAAUCGCGAUAACGCUCGUCGAUGACAUAAUCACAUCUACGGUACCGAAGUGAAAAUGGCUUCGAGCACGUCUGACCACGAAGCUGAUUAUUAUUAUUAUUUUUUAAACCAGCUGAUUCAAAUACAGUCAUCCAUUCUCCCAGCUUUCCUGGCUGCUUCGGAACCACCGUGGGAAUGCUCAGCGCUGCGCUAUCUCGCGCCGCAGCAGCUGGCUCCGGGCUGCAGCCGGACAGCUGGCGCUGUUCGACCCAGUCCGUCCACAAUGCAGAGCCCCUCCUCCAAGUCACUCAUCAAGACUUUUUAUCACUGAAAUAGACCAAGUAGUAAUGAACACAAGAAGCCGUGCGAAACACUAAACUAUUGUGGAAUGUACUGCAGUUCCGAAACCCCAGAAUAAUGUUACACUUUUCACAGAGGUGGCUGGAACUUUGUUACAGAGGAGAGUAAGCAUUUAUGGAUAGCAAAUUAGCGUCUGCAUUAACAAGUCUCUAGAGAGGAAAUCAUAAUAAUCAUAAUAAUCAUACAGCAACACAGUAAACACACACGAAAAGUCGGAAACCCGGAAAUUAAGCUCUCCCUCGAAGAUUCCUUGAUUCCCUGUCUCGGGCUUCCCGACUAGCCAGCGACAGCCAGCGAGGGGCCUUCAGUGACCCGCAGUGCUUUGUCAUUGAUAUGAGCCAAUAUCAGCCACCUCUCAGGGCCCCCUUCAGCUCAGGGGCCCGAGGCACGUUGACCUAUUUAUAUUUCAAGAAAAACAGCGCAAAGGGCGGCUGGGCCAGCCCCUCCCAUGAUACGCGUGACCGCCGUGCCUGCCGCUUGUUACAUAAACCCCCGCCUGCCUCCAACCACUGCAGCCGAGCAACAUGGUAAUCAUCCCCGCACCGCUGCUGGGUGUCGGCCUGCUUCUGGCGCUGGUGGCGCUCACCUACAAACAACUGAGCUGCUACCUGAAAAUGUGGGUGGUCAUGAAGCCCAUCCCGGCUUUGAGCCGCACGUACCCGUUCGUCGGCAACGCGCUGGCGUUAAAGACGGAUGCGGUGGACUUCUUCCGGCAAAUUCAGGCUUAUGCAGAAGAGUUCUGCAAUGCGCCGCUAAUCAAACUUUGGCUCGGGAUGAUGCCGUUUGUGAUUCUCUAUCAUGCCGAGACUGUUGAGCUAAUCGUGAGCAACCCUGUUCACAUGGACAAAUCCAGCAUCUACAGCUUCCUCCAUCCCUGGCUUGGAACUGGUCUGCUCACCAGCACGGGCCCGAAGUGGCGGGAGCGGCGCAAGAUGCUGACCCCAACAUUCCACUUCACCAUUCUGCAGGACUUCCUGGAAGUGAUGAAUGAGCAAGCUGAGGUCCUGGUGAACAAGCUGGCCUCCCAGGCAGGCAGAGGCCCCUUCAACUGCUUCAACUAUGUCACGCUGUGCGCCCUGGACAUCAUCUGUGAAACCGCCAUGGGAAGGAAAAUAUACGCACAAAGCAAUUCCGAGUCAGAGUACGUCCAGAGUGUCUACAAAAUGAGUGACAUCAUCAGUCGCAGACAGAGGGCGCCGUGGUUUUGGCCCGAAUUUACGUACAAAUACUUUGGCGAGGGUAACGUGCACGACAGCACACUCAAAUUGCUACAUUCCUUCACGUCUGAGGUGAUUCGGGAGCGAGAAGAGAGUCUGCUUCUGGAGGACGAGUCUGAGACCAGGAAGAGGCGAGCGUUCCUCGACAUGCUGCUUAAGACCAAAGACGAGGAUGGAAAGACCAUGAGCCACCAGGACAUCCAGGAGGAAGUGGACACCUUCAUGUUCAGGGGCCACGACACGACGGCAGCCUCCAUGAACUGGGCCCUUCACCUGCUGGGCUCUCACCCUGACGCGCACCGCAAAGUUCAACACGAGCUUCAGGAAGUGUUUGGUGCGUCGGAACGUCUGGCCAGCAUGGAGGACCUGAAGCAGCUCAAGUACUUGGAGUGCGUCAUUAAAGAAGCCUUACGCCUGUAUCCCUCCGUCCCCUUCUUCGCACGCAACCUCUGUGAAGAUACAAAUAUCAACGGUUUUAAAGUUCCCAAAGACGCCAACGCCGUCAUCCUCACCUACGCUCUCCACCGAGAUCCUCGCUACUUCCCCGAGCCUGAGGAGUUCCGGCCCGAACGCUUCCUGCCCGAAAAUUCAGCGAGGAGGCCUCCCUAUGCGUACAUCCCCUUCUCUGCCGGCCUCCGCAAUUGCAUCGGUCAGCGCUUCGCCAUCAUGGAGGAAAAAGUGGUGUUGUCAUCCAUUUUGCGGCAAUUCAACGUGAAAGCUGAGCAAUCGCGCGAGGAGCUGCGUCCGACGGCUGAGCUCAUCCUGCGGCCCGAGCACGGCAUCUGGAUCCAGUUGGAAAAGCGCUACAAAGCCCAGCCGACGCUUCUCAUUUGAGAAAAAAAACAUUUGCGAAAGAUUGAAAUGUGAGAUUUGAGUCUUUGGUUGUUGUUGUUGUUGUUUUUUUUUUUUUUUUAAAUAUAUAUAUUUGCUCAGUACAAAGAAGUGCUAGAUAUACAUUUCUGUCUGUUUAGAUAUGUCAAUUAGUGAAGAUACUUGUGAUUUGUGUCAAAAUUGUAUUGUAUAUUGUAAUCCAAUUCGAAGCAUGGAAGGUUCAUGACCGAUUUUCCAAUUCAACUAAAAUUUUAAAAAUAUAUUUGUAGCCAUUAUAUAUUUAGUGAUUCUAUAUUACUUUAAUACUGCAUAUUUUAAAAGUCAAAUUCAAAUAUUUUUCAUGGUGAUUAUCCCCAAGGCAUUUUCUUAAGCACGUUUCUAUUUACUUUUAUUCUCAAAAUGCUCCGAACACUUCAUAAUCCUUUCACCGAUUCAUGCUGAAAUUUUGAAAUAAUUACUAUGUCCUAAGGCACAUUUAGUUAUUUUCUUUUAAAACGAUAUACUUUAACAUUCAAAUGCGAAAUGUCUUGUUUUUCCCUGUGGCAAUUUAUUUUAACAUUGAAUUUAUUUUGGAUAUAUUUUUUCAAUGCACCAAAAGGUUUAUAAUCAUUUUUCCAAUUGUAGACUGCAUAUUUUUUAAAUAAAAAUUACUACUACA